UCUUUUUCUCCCAACUCCUGCAAAAUGGGUCCCAACACAAAUCCAAGGAAGCGCAAGGCCGUCACUCGCGAAGCUCCCCCACCAGCGAGUGAUUCUGGCGAGGAAUUGGCCGAUGGCCUUCUGGACGGUAUCCUAUCGCACAGCGAAGACAGCUCAGACGAGGAUCAGGAUGACAAUGAUGACGAAGGAGAUUACGAUAGCGAAGCCAGCAGCGUGAUUGAAGGUCUCUCCGACGAGGAUGAGGAAGGAGACGACGAAUCAGGCUUCGAAUCCGAAGAUGAAGAACAAGAUAUCCGCGAGCAAUUGCGCAAGCUCAAAACUUCCGAUUCCUCUUCCCACCACCACGAUACCAACAUGGACUUCGAAAACGGAGGAGAAGAGGGCUUGGAAGAGCAAGACGACAGCUUGAAGCCCAAUUACACAGUCACCACCGAUGCCAACGGAAAUCCCCGCUACCUUUAUAAAGAAAUCGAUCCAGUCUACGACUCGGACGACUCCGCUGCCGAUGUCUCCAACACGAUAGGAAACAUUGACCUCUCCUACUACGACGAAUAUCCUCAUAUUGGGUACGACAUCAAUGGCAAGAAGAUUAUGCGACCGGCCAAGGGCGAAGCAUUGGAUGCCCUGCUGGAUAGCAUAGACAUACCCAAGGGAUGGACGGGUCUCACGGAUCCCACGACCGGGAAGCCUCUCAAUCUGUCGGCUGAAGAAUUGGAUGUUCUCAAGCGACUAACCCGGAACGAGGUCUUGGAAGAUGGGUAUGACCCGUAUCCAGAAAUGGUCCAUUAUUUCUCUGGUGUCAAGGAAAUCAUGCCUUUGAGCGCUGCGCCCGAACCGAAGCGUCGUUUUGUACCAUCUAAACAUGAAGCCAAGCGCGUCAUGAAGAUCGUCAAGGCCAUUAGGGAAGGUCGCAUUCAGCCCUACAAGCCUCUAGAGGAGCGGGAAGAGGAAGACGAGCAGAUACACUACGAUGUGUGGGCUGAUGAGAAACCGCGUCCUGAGAAGAAUAUGCACAUCGCCGCGCCAAAGCUUCCGCCACCUGGCUAUGAAGCUAGCUACCACCCACCACCAGAGUAUCUGCCUGAUAAAGAGGAGGAGGCUGCGUGGCUAGAACAGGACGAGGAGGAUCGUGAGCGAGACUUCCUACCGAGAAACCAUGAGGCAUUGCGCAAAGUCCCAGGCUACGAAAACUUUGUCAAGGAGCGAUUCGAGCGGAGUUUGGACCUUUAUCUCGCACCGCGAGUGCGGAGGAAUAAACUUAACAUCGAUCCCGAGUCUUUGCUACCGAAACUUCCUAACCCUGAAGAUUUGAAACCGUUUCCUACCACGUGCGCGGCCAUCUUCCGCGGUCAGGAAGGCCGUGUCCGCAGCGUAACAUUCGAUCCUCUCGGUAUCUACGUUGCCAGUGGUGGAGAUGACGGUUAUGUCCGCAUCUGGGAGCUUCUGACAGGUCGUCAAGUCUGGAAUGUGAAGCUCUCAGAUGAAGAAGCCGUCGAUUCCGUCAAGUGGAGACCGGACAAGGACACUUCCAUCCUGGCUGCCGCUGCAGGAGAGAGUGUCUACAUGAUAAUCCCCUUCACCAUUCUAUCUCCCGAUAUUGAGCAGGCCAGCCGGGACAUCCUGGACGCAGGUUGGGGAUACGCCGCAUCGAAACCCUCCACCAACACAAACGGAGAGACCAAAGAACCCCCAGGCAAAUGGGCCCGACCAGGCACGCGCAUCGAAGCAAAAGGCGUCCUCGUUCAAGUCACCGUCCGCUCCACCGUCAAAACUAUCAACUGGCACCGCAAAGGCGACUACUUCGCCACCGUCUCUCCCCGCGGCCAAAGCACCGCAGUCGCCAUCCACACCCUCUCCAAACACCUCACCCAACUUCCCUUCCGCCGCCUCAAAGGUAUCGCCCAAACCGCCCAAUUCCACCCCUCCAAAGCAAUUUUCUUCGUCGCCACCAAAAACUCCAUCCGCAGCUACGACCUCGCGAAACAGGAACUCGUCAAGAUCCUCCAACCAGGCGCUAAGUGGAUCUCAUCCAUCGACGUCCACCCAGGUGGCGACAACCUCCUCGUUGGAACAUACGAUAAACGCCUACUCUGGCACGACCUCGACCUCUCCACCAAACCAUACAAGACCCUGCGCUUCCACACCGCUGCUAUCCGCGCUGUGCGGUACCAUCAAGGCGGACUCCCCUUGUUCGCAGACGCAAGUGAUGAUGGUAGUAUGCAGAUCUUCCAUGGCAAGGUUGUUGGCGAUAUGAUGGAGAACGCGACGAUUGUGCCGCUCAAGGUGCUCAAGGGACACAAGGUUAAGAGUAGGCUGGGCGUUAUGGAUGUCGAUUGGCAUCCUAGGGAGCCGUGGUGUGUUAGUGCUGGUGCGGAUGGAACGUCGAGGCUGUGGUGUUAG